GAUAUUUUAUGAUUUUUUUAAAUGAUUUUUUUUUCACAUAAUGCAUAUAUAAGAAUAAUAUGUCCUGUGCUUAGUAAAUAUGUAUAGAAUGAACCUAGAACUGAAACAAACUGAGUUUGUUUAGAAACGAAUGAAUUGCACUGAUAUUGUGAAGAUUCACUGAUGAUUUUGAAAUGCAAAGCUUGCAUCUAUGAACAACAGUCUGGGAAAAUAAUUAUAUUUGUGGUAAUGGAAAAUUAUAAUUCCACCAUAUGUCCUUUAGUACUUUUAGAUGCUUUAAAAAAGUAAAAGAUUUAACACUGAGAUAUUUGUGGUUUACUCAGUGUAUAUCUAACUGACAUAUGCAGUAUGACAAGCUGCCAGCAGAUGAUCCCUGUAAAGGACUAGUACAAUAGUCUCAUGAUGUCAGUAUGAUAAGAAGGACACCUCAAUUCCAAUUACAUUUUGCGUAAUAAAUUAGGAUAUUUAUAUUCCGUUGAAUUCCGUUUUCCAAAUUUUGCCAGACAUAAAUGGGACAUAAACGUUGUUUUUACUGCCUUUUACUGUAUAUUUCAUUUAACUCUUAGCUGUUAUAUGCCUGUUAAGGGGAUGAAACUCAUUUGUUUUGCUCAGCUGUGGAAGAAGAUGAACGUGUGGAGCGCUGACACCCUGUAGUCUCAUACAAAUUACACGGAUGCUUGCAAUAACUGCAUAUAGACCACUUUCACUCGAGGGGUGUGUUUGGAGUAAAAUGCCAAACAAGGGACGUUAGGCUGCGUUGCAUGCUGGGAAAUAAUUUUGUUGCUAGGAGACCGUAAACCUCAUUCGGUGACGGUACAGCGCUUUGUAGCUAGUUUGACAAAGCUCUAAACACUAAGGCAGUUUAAUUAUUAAUUUAAGAGAACAAUAAGAUAUUCUGGUGCUGAAUAUUUGAUUCGAUAGCCUGCUUAAACACAAGGUGACUGCAAUCACAUCACUGUCAUCAGGCAUCAACGAAGUUGAAAACGUUUUCUAACUUAACGGGACGAGAAUAUGGACUCAACUGCGAGGGGCGCGCAGCCGAGCCUCCCUGCCCAAAGAAGUGCUAGUGGCUCCCCAGAGCUGCUGCAAAAGCUUCCUGAACUACAGAAGCCCCCUGACCCACCAAAGCCUCCAUUCAGAGAUCCCCAGGGUGUGUUGAAGAGAUGUGUAAAACGAAACGAGCCCAGUGUCCUACAUUUAAAAGCUCGCGAAGAGAUGAUUUUUCCAGGUUGGUACACAGAGCCACAGCCAUCUAAAAGUCUGGAGCAACGGUGCCGUGAAGUUAUCGACCUAACUUCUCAGCCAUCCUCUAAAGAUGCCACUGACCAACAGGUUGUGCCAAAGAGACUUGUGAGACCUAAGAAACCAAGUCUCCAACACUUAAAAGCCUCUGAGCAAUCAUCCACACCAAAAGAUCUGAAACAAAGGCACCAUGAAGCUGUCCACCUACCUCCUCUGCCAUCCACUAAAAAUGUCCAACAGCCCUUAAAGGGUGUGAUGUCAACCCCUCCUCUCCCAAGGCUUCCCAUUAAGAGUUAUAUACAGCGGGACUAUACUUCCAAAUCUCAACUUAAUGAGUACCACAGUACUGACUUUGUUUUGACUGACAGUCAAACUGUGAUUUCGGAGUCUGAUGGUGAUGAUGCAGGACUGCUAAUUGUGAAGCGCUGGGAAAAGAACGUGUGCAAGCUGCGAUGCAUCCCCUUCUUUGCACGCUACAGACUAUGGAAACCUUUCUAUGUCUGGCACAGAAAUGUUCGUGCCAACAAGAUGACUUUGGCCAGGGAGUCACUACAAAAAAAUUUGUUUAUUGUCAUCCCGAAUCUAAGUCCUGCACUGAUGGAUAUUAGGAAAAUGUGCUGCCAACUUAUUGAAACAGGCUUUUGUCACAUGAAGAAAAAGUAUGCAUACACACUGCAGGAAUUCCAGGACAGUAAGAUCAAACAACUACAAGAGGCAUACAGCGACCUGAAGGGGUUUCAUGAACUAGUAAAGGAGGAGACAGUUUAUACCUGUGGCCGCUACUUGAUGGAUGCUAAAGCUCGUGUUGAACAAGAAAAGAAGAUCGCAUCAGGGACCAACAUGUCUUUUUUCUUCAACCACGUCAUCCACUUUGUUCGACUUGUUGACUAUUUGGUUAUCACCACCUUGCACAGCUGUGCAGUGAAUGCAGUGGAUGAAAUACUGACUCUCCUGCAAGUGCAGGCAGGUCCAACACCCAGCAAUGCCAUCAUUCAAAGCUGGACCCUUGACUCAGACGCUGCGACUGACUGUACUGAAAAAGAGAUGGAUAAAAAGACUAUUAAGUCAGAAGCUCCUCAAUUCCAUCCUGUAUUCAUGUCUGAGUUGAUCCUGGACACAAACAGCUUGACUUAUAAACCCUCUGAAGAGAACUUCUGGGAGACUGUUGCAGAUUUUAUCAAGCAUUUUGAGAACAUGGUGACGUCAGUUAAGGAUCUUACUGAAGAUCCUAUUUUUAAUUCAGUGAUUGAACCUCAAAGGGGUGAGGUGGUAAAUAAAUAUGAAAAUGCACCCUCUUUGAAAGUUAUCCUAAACAAUGACGUCUACCUGCAAAGUUUAAAGCAAAGCAUCCAGAGGUCAUUCCAGAUUGUAUUUGCUGCUGCAAAUGUGUACUCACACAUGUUUGAGCACUUUCCGAGAAUGUACAAGGAGAAUGAAAGUUUGGAUCUGGAUGCACUGCAGGGACAGGAUCAAGAUUUAUCCUUCUUUGAAAAAGCACUCAAGUUAUACUCCACACAGCAAAAGGAAGCCGUAGGCAUUCAGCAGAAGACACAUCUCGGUUUACUGCUUGUGGACAAAGGACAGCUCAAAGAGAAGCUUGUAUCAUCUUCCCUCCGAAAUCUGGAGGUCAUCAAUCACAUGCUCACCCAACUUGCUAAGAGGAAAGUAGAUGCCAUAGUGACUGAAGUUUGUGAGGCCGAAGUUAAACUAGGGUCCAGUCCCUCUACUACAGCUCAGCUGGCUGACUUUCUCAAAUUUGUGGAUGAGAUUCAAGAGAGGAUUAUAGAAAUAAAAGAAGAGCAGAAAUCAGUAUCCAAAAUGUACGAUCUGAUCAACAUGUACUCAGUUCCCACACCACCAGAAGAUCUUGUGAAGUUUGCCGCACUGGAACCCUUUAUUGAGUCAUUAAGCUCUGUCAUGCUAAAGGCAGUGCUACAGCGGAAUGGUACUAUGGAAAAGUUUUGCAGCUGCUUGCAGAAGGAUAUGAAGGAAAUCAAACAGGAGGACAUGAAAAUCCAGGUUAAAUUGCAGGAUCCACAAAUUCUAGACAUCAAUGCUGAUUCAUCACAAGUGCAUCUGCUGUUGAGGGAGAUCAAGAUUUCCAUAGAAAAGCUACAGGCCAAAGCAUCCUCCUGCAUAGCCUACCAGAAGAAAUUCAAGAUGGAGGUGACCAAAUUUGAGUCACUGGAGCAGCUGACGGCAAUGUUCAAGCUAAAGCAGUUGCUCUGGACCUCUCUGGAGCAAUGGGAACCUUUACAGAACGUAUGGCAGCAGAGCACACUUCAACAACUGGACAUGGAGCAGUUUAGCUCACAAGUCAACAAAUACAACAAGUACGUCAACCAGCUUGAGAAGGGUCUGCCACGUAACAAUAUAGUUCCCUGUCUGAAGAACAAGGUGGACGUGAUGAUGCACAGACUGCCUGUGAUCACUGAUCUUCGUAACCCAUGUCUGAAACCGGAACAUUGGCAGACUUUGGAGUCUUUGGUGGGGACUUCCCUCAAUGUGGAUGAACUUACCAUAGCUGGUUUAGAGGAGCUCAGUGUUUUCUCAUAUGGCAAGGAGAUUCAGGAGGUUUCAGGACAAGCUUCAGGUGAGGCAUCAGUGGAGACCAUUAUCACAAAGGUGGAGGAUUUGUGGAAGAACACAGAGUUUACUGUGCUGUCCCAUGGUGACACUAAGGAUGUCUUUAUCUUGGGAGGCACGGAUGAUAUCCAGGUACUCCUGGAUGACAGCAUUAUCAGUGUGGGCGCAGUGGCAUCCUCACGCUAUGUAGCUCCCAUCAAGGGGAGGGUCAAGAAAUUGCUGACACAGCUGAUCCUUUUUAACCAAACAUUGGAGGAGUGGCUUACAUGUCAAAGGAACUGGUUAUACCUAGAAAGUAUCUUUUUGGCUCCAGACAUAAAAAGACAGCUGCCUGCUGAGUCAGAAAUGUUUCUUAAAGUUGACAAGUCCUGGAAAGAGAUCAUGGCUAAAGUUAACUGGAUGCCCAAUGCUUUUGAUGCAGCCACACAGACUGGUCUGUUGGAGACUUUGCAGCAGAACAAUGCUCUUUUGGAUGAGAUACAGAAGUGUCUGGAAGCUUACCUGGAGUCCAAGAGAGUCAUCUUCCCAAGGUUUUACUUCUUAUCCAAUGAUGAACUGCUAAAGAUUCUUGCUCAGACACGUAACCCUCAGGCAGUGCAGCCUCACCUCAGGAAGUGUUUUGAUGCCAUCACUCGACUGGAGUUUGCUUUAUUGCCUGAAGAACCUUCUGGUGCUCCAGAAAUGUUGGAUGAUGGAGAGCAGAAGACCAUAUAUAGCACAGACAUCCUGAAUAUGGUGUCCCCUGAGGGAGAAAAGGUGGGUUUGGCUAAAGGUCUGAAAGCACAGGGAAAUGUGGAAGACUGGCUUUGCAAAGUGGAGGAGGCUAUGUUCUCCUCACUGCGACAGCUCAGCAAGGCUGCCAUUGUAGACUACCAGAAGAAGUCUAGAGAGGAAUGGGUGGUGGCUGGACACCCGUCACAGGUGGUGCUGACCAUAUCACAGCUGAUGUGGUGCAGGGACAUGGAUGCGUGCCUGGAGGGAGACCAUGACCAUUUUGCUGCCUUGCAGAAAUUUGAAGGCACCAACUUUGAAAGACUGAAUGCCCUAGCAGCAUUGGUACGAGGACAGCUCCCUGCUUUACAUCGUAAUAUCAUCACAGCCCUCAUCACCAUUGAUGUUCACGCUAGAGACAUAGUCAGUGAUCUAGUUCGACAAAAGGUUGACAACAGGUCCAGCUUUGAAUGGCAGAGACAGCUGCGCUACUACUGGGACAUGGACCUUAAUAACUGUGUAGCCACAAUGGCACUGUCCACUUACAUUUAUGGCUAUGAAUAUCUGGGAGCUUGUCCUAGGCUGGUCAUCACACCACUCACGGACCGUUGCUACCUUUGUCUUAUGGGAGCUCUCCAACUGGACUUGGGAGGUGCUCCUGCAGGGCCGGCAGGGACGGGCAAAACAGAGACCACAAAGGACUUGGCAAAGGCGCUGGCCAUCCAGUGUGUGGUCUUUAAUUGUUCAGAUGGACUGGACUAUAAGAUGAUGGGUCGGUUCUUCAGUGGGCUGGCACAGUCAGGAGCUUGGUGUUGUUUUGACGAAUUUAACAGAAUCGACAUUGAAGUGUUGUCUGUCAUCGCUCAGCAGCUCAUAACCAUAAGAAAUGCCAAAGCUGCUAAGCUGUCAAGGUUUCUAUUUGAGGGCCGGGAGAUCAAGCUGGUGAUGACAUGUGCUGCAUUCAUCACUAUGAACCCAGGCUAUGCUGGAAGAACAGAAUUACCCGACAACCUUAAAGCUCUUUUUAGACCAAUAGCAAUGAUGGUUCCAAACUAUGCUCUUAUUGCAGAGGUGAUUUUGUACUCAGAAGGAUUUGAGUCUAGUAAAACCCUUGCAAGGAAGAUGACCCAGAUGUACAAGCUGUGCUCAGAGCAACUGUCCCAGCAGGACCACUAUGACUUUGGGAUGAGAGCUGUCAAAUCUGUCCUGGUCAUGGCAGGGUCACUGAAGAGAGAGAACCCUCACCUUAGUGAGGAUGUGGUUCUAAUUAGAGCACUGAGAGACUCCAACCUGCCAAAGUUCCUCACUGAUGAUGCCGUGCUGUUUGGUGGUAUCCUGUCAGACCUGUUUCCUGGUGUUUGUAUCCCUGAACAUGACUAUGGUGUGCUACACUCAACCAUUGUGGAGUCUCUGGUUAAGAGAAACCUUCAACCGUUGGAUAGCAUGACUAAGAAGGUGAUCCAGCUUUAUGAGACCAUGUUAGUUCGCCAUGGAGUUAUGUUGGUUGGACCAAGUGGUGGAGGUAAGACCACUGUCUACACCAUCCUGGCAGACACUCUGGAGACCCUCCAUCUCAAAGGACACCAGGCUGUCAACCCCUUCUAUCAGCCUGUCAAGACCUAUGUGCUCAAUCCAAAAUCUGUCUCAAUGGGAGAGCUCUAUGGAGAGAUUAAUCCUUUGACACUGGAGUGGCGUGAUGGACUGAUGGCACUGAGUGUCCGUGACGCAGUCAGUGACACUAGUGAUGACCACAAGUGGGUUGUCUGUGAUGGACCAGUUGAUGCCCUUUGGAUCGAGAACAUGAACACUGUAUUGGAUGACAACAAGAUGCUCUGUUUAGCCAACAGCGAGCGAAUCAAACUUACUCCAUCCAUACACAUAUUGUUUGAGGUUCAGGACUUGGCUGUGGCAUCUCCAGCCACAGUAAGUCGCUGUGGAAUGGUUUAUGUUGAUCCUGAUGAGCUCAAGUGGAUGCCCUACGUGCACACAUGGAUUACUGGUCUAGGGGACAGGCUUCCAGACCCAGUGGGUGCAUACCUGAUGGAGAUGUUCAAGCAGUACGUGGAGAAAGGUCUACAAUUUGUGUCCAAGCAAUGUGUCCAAGCAAUUCGCCAAGUGGACAUCAGUAAAGUCAGCACUCUGUGCUCCUUGCUGGAGGCUCUUCUGCUGGGUAACGGAGGGCCAGACCUCAAGAUGAAUCCCAAGCACCUUGAUGGUGUACUAUGUCAGACCUUCAUAUUUUGCUAUCUAUGGGCCGUAGGUGGCAAUCUGACUAGUUCUUACUGGGAUGCUUUUGAUGCCUUCAUCAGAGAGCAAUUUGAAGGCAACAAAGAUGCAAAGCUCCCGAUGUGUGGUACCUUGUGGAGUGUCUACAUGAAUUUUGAUCACAGGGAACUGCAGUUAUGGACAGCUAUAAUUCCUUCAUUUAAAUAUAAUAGGGAACAACCUUUUUUUGAGAUACUGGUUCCCACUACAGACACUGUUCGCUAUGGAUAUCUGAUGGAGAAACUGCUCUCUGUGCGCCGUUCUGUACUCUUCACUGGUGACACGGGAGUGGGAAAGACUGUGGUGGCCCGGGGCCUUCUUAACAGGAUCCAGGAAAGUGCAGGAUAUCUUCCUGUCUUCAUCAACUUCUCUGCUCAGACCUCCUCUGCCCGUACACAGGAGAUCAUUGAGUCCAAACUGGAGAAAAAGAGAAAGAACAUUUUAGGUCCUCCAGGAAACAAGAAGUUGGUGGUCUUUGUGGAUGACUUGAAUAUGCCUAAGCUGGACAGUUAUGGAUCUCAGCCUCCUAUAGAACUCCUGCGUCAGUUCCAGGACUUUUCUGGGUUUUAUGACAGAAACAAGUUCUUCUGGAAGGAGAUCCAGGGAAUGACCAUUACAGCAGCAUGUGCUCCUCCAGGAGGGGGGCGAAAUCCUGUGUCCCCCAGAUUUAUUCGCCACUUCAGCAUGUUGUGCCUGCCAACACCCUCGGACACCAGCCUCAAACAGAUCUUCAAAGCUAUACUGAACGGUUUCCUCAGUGAGUUUUCCCAGGCAGUGAAGGACUGUGCCGGACAGAUUGUGGAUGCAGCUGUGGAGAUUUAUAACCGUUUAAGUGUGGAUCUGCUGCCCACCCCAGCCAAGUCCCACUAUGUUUUUAAUCUCCGGGACCUCUCCAAGUGUGUUCAAGGCAUACUGCAGUGUGAGCCAAGUCAAGUAAGAGACAAGACCCAGAUCUUCCGCCUUUUCUGCCAUGAAUGCCAGCGUGUAUUUCAUGACCGACUCAUCAACACCCAAGAUAAGACCUACUUCAACACCAUCAUCUGUGAGAUGGCCGGGCGAUAUUUUGACAUCCACUUAGAGUCUUCACAUUUUGUGUCUCAUCCCAUAAUAUUUGGGGACUUCAUCAAGAUGCAUGCAGAAAAAGAAGAUCGCCUGUAUGAAGACCUGACAGACAUGAAUAAGAUCCAGACUGUACUUCAGGACUAUCUUGAUGAUUACAACAUGACCUUCUCCAAGGAGAUCAAGCUGGUUUUCUUCCAGGAUGCCAUUGAACAUGUCUCCAGGAUUGCUCGUAUAAUUCGCCAGGAGCGAGGCAAUGCCUUGUUAGUCGGGGUGGGAGGUACAGGCAAGCAGUCACUCACUCGCUUGGCAGCCCACAUGUGUGGGUACCGCUGCUUUGAGAUUGAAUUGAGCAGAGGGUACAACUAUGACAGCUUCCAUGAAGACUUGAGGAGGCUCUACAAGAUGGCUGGUGUGGAGGGCAAAGAUAUGGUGUUCCUCUUUACAGAUACUCAGAUUGUAGUAGAAGAAUUUUUGGAGGAUAUAAACAACAUGCUAAACUCUGGUGAGGUGCCUAACCUUUUUGAAAAAGACGAGCUAGAACAAGUACUUGCUGCUACCCGCCCUAAAGCCAGAGAGGCUGGAAUCAGUGAAGAGAACAGGGAUGAGGUGUUCCAGUUUUUCAUCUCCCGUGUACAAGAAAAACUACACAUUGUGCUGUGUAUGAGCCCUGCGGGCGAUGCUUUCAGGUCCCGAUGUCGCAUGUUUCCUUCACUGGUUAACUGCUGCACUAUUGACUGGUUUGUGCAGUGGCCCCGGGAGGCGCUGCUCUCUGUCUCUGAGGCCUUUUUCCAGAAUGUGGACUUUGGCAAUGAGAAGCUAAAACAGAACAUCUCUGCGAUGUGUGUCGAGAUACACGUUAGUGUCACUGAAAUGGCUGAGCGCUUCUACUUAGAGCUGAGACGCCGGUACUACACCACACCUACCUCCUAUCUAGAGCUUAUCAACCUCUACCUCAGCAUGCUUGGCAACAAGAGACAGCAGUUAGUUCUGGCCAGGGAUCGUGUAAAGAAUGGUGUCACUAAGCUGCUGGAGACCAACGAGCUUGUAGACAAAAUGAAGGUGGACCUUUCUGCUCUGGAGCCAGUCCUCAAACAAAAAUCUACUGAUGUCGAUGCCCUCAUGGAGAAAUUGGCUGUAGGUCAAGACAAGGCUGAUGAGGUACAUAAAGUAGCAGAAGAAGAUGAGGCACUGGCCCGAGUUAAAGCUGAAGAAACCCAGGCCAUUGCAGAUGACGCACAGAGGGACUUAGAUCAGGCUCUGCCAGCUUUAGAGAGUGCCAACCAGGCCCUCAGAUCUCUUAACAGGGCUGACAUCUCUGAGAUCAAGGUGUUCACUAAACCCCCAGCCCUAGUGAUGACUGUCAUGGAGUCUGUCUGCAUCUUGCUUGAUUGCAAACCAGACUGGCUAAGUGCCAAGCAAUUACUGGGCGAUCCCAACUUUCUCAGGCGUCUGACAGAAUAUGACAAGGACAAUAUCAAACCUCGGAUCCUGCUGAAACUACAAAAAUACAUCAAUGACCCUAAUUUCAUGCCUGAAAAGGUGGAAAAGGUAUCAAGGGCGUGCAGGUCAAUGUGCAUGUGGGUCAGAGCUAUGGAUCUGUACUCGAGAGUCUUCAAAGAGGUUGGCCCCAAGAGAGAAAAACUGGCCAAGGCACAGGAAGAGCUGGAUGUGACCAUGGCAACCCUAAAAGAGAAGCAGAAGAAGCUUCAGGAGGUGGAGAACCAGAUCAAGGUCCUGCAGGAGCAGUUUGAUAGCAGCAUGAAUGACAAAGAAGAUUUGGUUAAUACGAUGGCUCUGACACAGGCCCGUCUGAUCAGGGCAGGGAAGCUAACGUCCGCUCUUGGUGACGAACAAGUAUGCUGGGAAGAAAGUGUAGCCCUGUUUGAGCAAGAGAUCAUCAAUGUUGUGGGAAAUGUCUUCAUUGCAGCUGCUUGUGUGGCAUAUUAUGGUGCAUUUACUUCCCACUAUAGACAGCUGCUAACUGACCAGUGGAUAACGCAGUGCCAGAACCUGAACAUCCCAAUCAGUUCCACUUUUAGCCUGAUUAACAUUCUUGGUGAUCAAUAUGUCAUCCACCAGUGGAAUGCAGAAGGUUUGCCUCGUGACACUGUUUCUACAGAGAAUGGCAUCCUGGUGACUGAGGGCCACCGGUGGCCUCUUAUGAUCGACCCACAGGAUCAGGCCAACCGAUGGAUCCGCUCCAAGGAGGCUAAAAAUGGUCUAAAGGUGAUCAAGCUAACAGACUCUGGCUUCCUUCGUACCCUAGAGAAUGCCAUAAGCAUGGGUGUCCCUGUACUGCUAGAGGAGUUAAAGGAGACCCUGGAUCCAGCACUGGAGCCAGUCUUGUUGAAGCAGACGUUUGUGGCUGGCGGCCGAACAAUGAUCCGACUGGGAGACUCAGAUAUUGACUAUGACAAAAAUUUUAGGUUCUAUAUGACCACAAAGAUGGCCAACCCACAUUACCUGCCAGAGGUUUGCAUCAAAGUUACAAUUAUCAACUUCACUGUCACUAAAUCUGGCUUAGAAGACCAACUUCUCAGUGAUGUGGUGCGUCUUGAGAGUCCGCAUCUUGAGGAACAGAGGAACGAGCUGAUUGUGCGCAUCAACGCUGACCGCAGCCAGCUGAAAGAUAUUGAAGACCACAUUCUUAAGCUUCUCUUUACCUCUAAGGGGAAUAUACUUGACAACGAGGAGCUAGUUCAGACUCUCCAGGAGUCAAAGGUGACUUCAGAGGCCACAAAGCACCGUCUGGAAGAGGCAGAAGCAACUGAGCUGAUGAUAAACUCUGCGAGGGAGCGCUACAGGCCUGUGGCCACUCGAGGAUCUGUUUUGUACUUUGUCAUUGCCAGUCUGUCGGAGAUUGAUCAUAUGUACCAGUUCUCACUCAAGUACUUUAAACAGCUCUUUAAUUCCACCAUCGAGACAUCAGAGCAGAGUACUGUGCUAGAAGAGCGCCUUCAGAUCCUCCUGAAUCAAAUCUUGCUAAACUCCUACAUUAAUGUGUCACGUGGACUCUUCGAGCAACACAAGCUUAUCUACAGCUUUAUGUUGUGCGUAGAAAUCAUGAGGCAGCGUGGCGAGAUCUCUGAUGGGGAAUGGUGGCGCUUCCUAAAAGGAGCUUCUUCACUGAAAAAGGAGUAUCCAGAGCGACCAGAUGUGCCAUGGCUAAGUGAUUUUUACUGGCAGACAUGUUGUGAGCUGGAGGACACACUGCCUUGCUUCAAGGGCAUCUCCAGAGAAAUCACUAGAACCCAUAUCCAUAUUAAGCUAGGGCAUUUUGAAGCAUCUUUAAAUCCAGAAAAAUGGAAAGGCUAUGUGUCAGAGUUGCCUUCUCUCGAGGAGUCCAAAAAGGAGAAACAGGAGAUGAAAGGAUACUGGAAUGAGCGAUUGGGAUCUUUCCAGAAACUAGUUCUUAUCAAGAGCUUCAUGGAAGAGAAGGUGGUUUUUGCAGCAACUGAGUUUGUGAUUGUCAACCUGGGGAAGGAGUUUGUGGAAAACCCUCCAGUUGACCUGGCUAAUCUCUAUAAUGACAUGUCCCCUACCACCCCAUUGAUCUUCAUCCUCAGCACAGGUUCUGACCCAAUGGGUGCCUUCCAGCGCUUUGCAAAUGAGAGAGGGUGUCUCGACAGGGUCGAGGCUAUCUCACUGGGGCAAGGCCAGGGACCUAUAGCAGAGAAGAUGAUCCAUUCAGCGCUAACGAGUGGCAACUGGGUCUUCUUGCAGAACUGCCAUCUGGCGGUGUCUUGGAUGUUAGCCAUGGAGGAGCUCAUUAAGACUUUCACUGAGCCUGACACAUCAGUCCAUGAGAACUUCCGUUUGUUUCUCAGUUCCAUGCCGACCAAAGUAUUUCCUGUUACAGUGCUCCAGAACUCCGUUAAGGUGACUAACGAGCCUCCUAGAGGCCUGCGAGCCAACAUGCGACGAGCCUUCACAGAGAUCACCAGCAGUUUCUUUGAACGCCACAUUUUGGGACGCCAGUGGAGGAAGAUUGUCUUUGGAAUCUGCUUUUUCCAUGCAAUCAUCCAGGAGCGGAAGAAGUUUGGUCCCCUGGGCUGGAACAUCCGCUACGAAUUCAAUGACAGUGACAGAGAAUGUGCUCUGCUCAACCUCAACCUGUACUGCAAAGAUGGCACCAUCCCUUGGGAUGCUCUGGUCUACAUCACUGGUGAGAUCACGUAUGGAGGGAGAGUGACGGAUGCCUGGGACCAACGGUGCCUAAGGACAAUCCUCAAAGGCUUUUUUUCUCCAGAAACUCUGCAGCCUGGCUACACCUACUCCCCCUCAGGUGUUUACUACGCUCCAGAGUCAGAUGAACUCGAACAAUAUAAGAAGUAUAUUGAGAAUCUUCCGAUCAUUGAUGAUCCUGAGGUCUUUGGUAUGCAUGAGAAUGCCAACUUGGCUUUUCAGCGUCAAGAAACUAUAACUCUGAUCAAUACCAUACUGGAUGUUAAUCCUCGUUCUUCAGCACAACAUGGAGCUAAGAGUAACGAUGACAUAGUCUGCGAGCUCGCCGAGCUGAUUCUAGCCAAACUGCCCGAGCGACUGGACAUGGAUGAAGCAAUUGACACACUGUUUAUCAAAGACACCAAUGGGCACCUGAACUCCCUCACAACUGUUUUGGCCCAAGAAGCAGACCGAUUCAACAACUUGCUUAAAGUUCUCAGGAUGUCUCUUAUCACUCUGCAAAAGGCAAUAGCAGGUCUUGUUGUGAUGUCAGAGGAAAUGGAUCGAAUCUACACAAGCUUUCUGAACGACCAGGUCCCCACCCACUGGGCAAACUCUGCCUACCCCUCCCUCAAACCGCUGUCUUCUUGGGUCAGAGACUUGACUCUCAGAACGUCCUUUAUCCAGACUUGGAUCACACGUGGUCAGCCCAAAUCAUUUUGGAUCUCAGGGUUCUUCUUCCCUCAAGGCUUUCUUACUGGAGUGUUGCAGAAUCAUGCCCGGCGUUACAGUUUGCCUAUUGACGAGCUUAAUUUCCGCUUCAGCGUGGUGCCGGCGUACAGGGAUGAGGAAGCAGUCUGUGAGGCUCUACGCACUCUUCCCAUUGGUGCAAAACUGAACAUGGAUGAGGAGUUACCAGAGCCGCAGGAUGGUGUACUUGUUCACGGUAUGUUCAUGGAUGCCUGUCGCUGGGAUGAUGUCGGCAUGGUGAUGGAUGAUGCGCUGCCUCGGGUUAUGAACACCAUGCUGCCGGUGGUGCACUUUGAGCCACAGCAGAACUACGUCCCAGAGCCCGACCUCUACCACGCUCCUCUGUACAAGACCUCAGCCAGAGCUGGCACUCUGUCCACCACAGGUCACUCAACUAAUUUUGUGGUGACAGUAAUGCUUCCCUCCAAGCGACCCAGCGACUACUGGAUAUCCAAAGCCUCCGCACUCCUGUGCCAGUUGAAUGAUUAAAUAUUUAUUCGAGGACAAAGCAUUGAAUUAAAUUAAAUUUGUGUAAUAGCAACACAGACCGUAAUUAAAAUUUCACCCCAAACUGAUGUUUCUGCGUCCUUCAUCUCAUACAUGUGUUUGACUACAUUUAUUUAUAUAACAAACUCUUUAGAAAGGAGACGUCCCAGUUUCACAGUGGAAGCACUACACUGCCUUACACUGCUUCAUUUCAUCUGCAAGUUAACAAGUCACAAGAAACAGAGGUAGCCAUCACCAUCCAAGGCAGCACACGGUGAACAAGAGAGGCAAGGUGGAGUGGGUGGAGACGAGUGACAGAAGGAUAACUGUAAAAGUGAAAGGAA